GUAUAACUUGUAAAAAAAGUCAAACAUAUUAUGCUUUCUAUGUAAGAGGAUAAACAUAUGAUGCAGACAUAGCCUCAAAACUAGGAAUAAAAAAAUUGCAUAACGCAAGAGAUUGAGGUCUCUUAUUUAUAUGCAGAGCAAUAUAAAACCCUAAUGAAUUUUCUCAAAGCUCAGACAAAACAACCAGUUCAGAAAAAAAAAUGGCAGCAAGACAUCAACCGAGAGGAACAGGCUUAGAGGUUCAGUAUGAAGAUUUUGUCCCCAAAUACGAAUGGGAAGAUCAACCUGAAGCCACUAUUCUCACCAUUGAUCUUCCAGGUUGUUAUACAAAAUAAAUACAUAUAUAUAUAUAAUACAUAGGCAUCUUCAAGAAGCUUCUAAAACUUUAGCUAUGGAGAAGCAAGAGGAGAAAGAGAGAAUACGUAGGAAGCUGCAAGAAGAAGAAGCUAAAGCAAAAAAAGAUGGCUGAGACAAAGAAACUUCAAGAAGAAGAAAUAGCAAAAGAGAAGGCUAAGCAAAAAAGGCUUCUUCGGCUUCUAGAAAAAAAAAACAAGAUGGUUGACAGAAUUAAGGCAAGGAGGCUACAAGAAAAAGAGAUUGCUGAGGCAGAGAAGCUUGAAGAAGAAGCCAAAGCAAAAGAGAGAGCCGAGGCAAGAAAUCUUCAAGAAGCAGCCAAAGCAAAAGAAAUGGCAGAGGCGAGGAAGCUUCAAGAAUCAGCUAUAGCAGAACAUAGAGCUGAGGCAAGGAGGCUUCAAGAAGAAGCUAAAGCAAAAGAUAUGGCUGAGGCAAGGAAGCUUCAAGAAGCAGCUAAAGCAAAAGAGAUGGCCAAGGCGGAGAAGCUUCAAGAAGCAGCUAUAGCAAAAAAGAGAGCUGAUGCAAAGAGACUUCAAGAAGAGACUGGACCAAAAGAGAUGGCCGAGGCAAGAAAGCUUGAACAAGCAACUAAAACAAAAGAGAUGUCUGAGGCGAAGAGGCUUCAAGAAGAAGCUAUAGCAGAAGAGAAGGCCGAAACCAGGAAGAUCCAAGAAGAAGCUGCAGUAGAGAGGAAGAUCCAUAAGAACAAUGUGGAUAAAUCUGUAAGAAAAGAGAAGAUGCUAAUGUCAGAAAAGGAGAAGCUUCUGGAACUGAAGGAAGCCUCCAGAACUGGACUACAUAAAAUCCGAUCCUGGUUCAAGGACCAAAUGUGUGUCUGGAGCAAGCGGAAAACUAGGUUACUUGUGGAGAAAAAAAAAGAAGAAAAAACGUGA